GCAGGCGGCGCUGCAGCGUGACGUCACACGAGCGGAGAAGCAGCUGCAGCAGAAGCGUGAGGAGGAACGCGUCUGCAGAGCCUGGACUAAUAAUGAUGAAAUAACUUCAUGUGCGCGGAGUAACUAAAGCGAUCGCGGCUCGUCGUGGAACAGAUCGCGCUUCUGCAGCGGCGCUCGGAGCUCCCAGCCGAAAAUAAAGGCGGAAACAUGGCAAACGACGAGACGCUGCGCUCGCUGAUGUUCACGCUCAGUUACGUGCUGUUGAAGCGGCGGCGUGACGUCACCAGCGCAGACGCGCAGCGCAGACGCGAAGUACAGCGGCGCGUCGCGCACAGACAGUAUUUUCACCAGAGGCACAAGAGGAUGAUCAUGAUGAUGAUCGCUCAGACGUCUCGUCCAAUCAGUGAGCUGCCGGCACGCCCCACGCGGGUCUGGAGCAGCAUCGAGAGCACCGAUUGGUGGGAGCGUGUGGUCAUGAGGGAGUUCCAGCCCUCUGAUUGGCUGGAGAAGUUCCGCAUGACCAAAGAGACGUUCUUCCUGCUGUGUGGGAAGCUGAAGCCGCGGCUGAGCCGUCAGGACACCCGUCUGCGUCCGGCGCUGCCGCUGGAGAAGCGUGUGGCCGUGGCUCUGUGGCGUCUGGCCUCUAACGUGGAGUACCGCACCAUCAGCGCUCUGUUCGGCGUGGGACGCUCCACCGUCUGCAAGUGUGUGAGAGACGUGUGUCACGCCAUCGUGCUGCUGCUGCGACCGCUGUACCUGCGGCCCCCGAGCGAGCAGGAGCUGGAGGACGCCGCGAGACUCUUCUCCACCCGCUGGGGCUUCCCUCACUGCGUGGGAGCCGUCGGCAGCCUCCACGUGCCCAUCAUCGCACCGUCCAGCAACACCGACAACUACUGGAACAGCCGCGGCUGGCUGUCGGUGGUCACGCAGGGCGCGGUGAACGGGCUGGGGCAGUUCUGGGACGUGUGCGCUGGGUUCCCGGGCAGCACCGAGCACUCGGCCAUCCUGCAGAACUCCACGCUGUGGGCGCGCGGCUGCGACGGCUUCCUGCUGCACGAGCCACCGCAGGACUUCAUGGGCCGGCCGCUGGGCUUCCUGAUGCUGGGAGACGCCGGAUACCCGCUGAAGAGCUGGCUGCUGAAGAGCUUCCCGGAGUCCAGCGAGCUCUCGGCCGCUCAGAGGGCCUUCAACCGUAAGCUGGAGCGGGCGCGGAGCGUGGUGGACGAGGCCUUCCUGCGGCUCCGAGCGCGCUGGCAGUGUCUGCUGAAGAGGAACGACUGCCGCAUGGACGUGGUGCCCACCAUGAUCCUGGCCUGCUGCGUGCUGCACAACGUGUGCGAGGUGCACGGAGACGAGUUCGAGGAGCGCUGGGAGGAGGCCGUGCGGACCGAGGAGAGUCCACAGCCCGCAGACGAGGUGUCACCCGCCGCAGACGACCGCGACGGAGAGGAAGUCCGAGCGCUGUUCUGUCAGUACUUCCUGCAGCAGGAGACGCAGCAGCGGACGCUGGCCUGCUGAGCGUGACACGUGUCGAAGGAAGAACUGCUCUGGCUGGACUUGAUCUCAGGUCUAACACAGUGGCUCGUCUGUUCGCUUCACGCACUCUUAGAAACGUCUGAAUGUUAGAUGCAGAUCAUCACAGUCAUGUGUGUAGUGUGGUGCUGAUGAAGUCCGUCAGCAGUGUGUUUGUGUUCCUGGAGCCCAGUCUCUCUUUAAUCAGAUUCAGCUCGUCAGCGGCGAGUCCAAGAGCUGAAAUGAAAGCGUCAGACAGAGAGACGGGAGAAAGGACUGAGUUAGUGGAUGACGGAGCUAGCUGAUCUGUGUGAAACUGAGCAGAACUGACUUUAUUCCUGCAGUAAAAAUCAUCAUUGUACAGUCUUUUAAGUGCUUUAUAUGCUGUAUAACCGUGUUUUAAUAAUCAUCCAUCCACAUUCAAGAUUCGAAGUGUCUCAUCCCAUAUUCUGUUAUGUUUGUACAGUACGUGUCUGGUUUUUGUCCGUACAAUAAAAGUCAGUGGACUGCACUGCUGUUUUGCUUUCCAUCAUUCUUCUGAACAUCAUCUUCCUCGCAUCAUGCAGUUUUGAGCGCCUUAAACGAUAACAGAAUAAUUUCUGGCUGAACAGUCUCUGUAACAGUGCUCCUCAUAACAUGCCAUCUGUCUCUGUGAGGUUUAGAUGAAGAAUAAGAGGUGAAAUCUGGCACAAGAUUAAGAUGAGGAUUAUUCCUCCUGUUGUCUUGAGAUAAAAUCAGGGAAUAUGGGUGUAUGAGGGUCAAGGGUCAUUCAAAGUUUAUAAAGAGACAGGACCUGUGCUUUAGUGAUGGUGUGUGACUGAAUGUGUAAACUCUGUCCGUCAGGAAGAAGGAUUAUCUGUGUCUCUGCAGAGAGAGAGACGUGAUGAAGACUGACGCUCGCUCACACGCUCCUGUUCAGAGAAAGGUUAUCCGCCGGCUGGCAGCGUGUUGCAUCCGCUCAUGAUCUUCAUCAACAUGUCCAUGAGCAUCAUCUUCUGGACCUUCUUGAUGUCUGAGGUCUUCUUCAAAGAGGCAGAGACGUCUGUCAGCAUGUAGAUCUCACACAGCUUCAUAGAGAUUCCCCUCUGCAGCUACAGAGCGCUUUCAUUUUUAAGUUUUCUGUCAGCCUUUUUUUCUUUUGUCCUGUUUGUUCUGUAACAAAAGCACCAUUUGGGAAUCGUGGAGCGCUUGUUCAUUUACAGACUGGGUCUUUGGCCCUAAACCUGAAGCUGGUGAUGCUGAGCGCGGCGGUGAAGAGGAGAGGGUUCUGAUGGAGGAAGAGCGAGCCGGUCUGCUGCCGGGAUUCAUCACCACCGAACACUAUCACACAGGGUCCGGCCUUCAUUACAUCACUUCACUAUGAGUCUACACACAGUCUGUGCCAGCUGUCACCAUUCUGGCUUAAGUUUUCACUUCGUUUUUAACAUGUUUUUAACAUACCAGAUGCUCUAUUAGCUGCUGUAGAACAGUGAAGGAUAGAUAGCAGUCUUUCAGUAUGGAAAGAGGACGUGGUCAUGUGAUCGUUGUGAUGUCAUCAUUGUAACUGCUGCUUCUGUGAUGCCAUUAAAAUGAAUUCUGGCACUGUAUAUAUACAUAUAACAGAAGGCAUAAAUGAUGCAAGUGUGAUACAGAAUUAAAGUCUCUCCUCAUUAGGAACCAA